UUUUCGCUUAAAUCGUCAGGCGAAAUCUUUGAGCUCAAAGCAGAGCUCAACAGUGACAAAAAGGAAAAGAAGAAAGAAGCAGUGAAGAAGGUCAUUGCUUCUAUGACCGUUGGCAAGGAUGUCAGUGCCCUCUUUCCUGACGUGGUGAACUGCAUGCAGACAGACAACCUGGAACUGAAGAAGCUGGUGUACCUAUAUUUAAUGAACUAUGCAAAGAGUCAGCCUGAUAUGGCUAUUAUGGCUGUCAACACUUUUGUCAAGGACUGCGAAGAUCCCAAUCCACUCAUUCGAGCGCUGGCGGUGAGGACCAUGGGCUGUAUCCGGGUGGAUAAGAUCACAGAGUACCUGUGUGAACCUCUGCGUAAAUGCCUGAAGGACGAAGACCCUUAUGUCCGAAAGACUGCUGCGGUCUGUGUUGCCAAACUGCAUGACAUCAACGCACAGCUGGUGGAAGAUCAGGGAUUUCUGGACACCCUAAAGGAUCUUAUCUCUGAUUCCAAUCCUAUGGUGGUAGCAAAUGCAGUGGCAGCUCUGUCGGAGAUUGCAGAGUCCCAUCCCAACAGCAACUUGUUGGACCUUAACCCUCAGACCAUCAACAAGCUUCUAACGGCCUUGAACGAAUGCACUGAAUGGGGGCAGAUCUUUAUCCUUGAUUGCCUGGCCAAUUACAGCCCAAAGGACGAUCGAGAGGCUCAGAGUAUCUGUGAGCGUGUGACACCACGUUUAUCUCACGCAAACUCCGCGGUUGUCCUGUCAGCUGUGAAAGUUCUGAUGAAGUUCAUGGAAAUGUUACCAAAAGACUUGGAUUACUAUGGCACUUUGCUGAAGAAACUGGCACCUCCUCUUGUAACGCUGCUGUCUGCAGAGCCAGAGCUCCAAUACGUGGCCCUCAGGAACAUCAACCUUAUUGUACAGAAAAGGCCUGAAAUUCUUAAGCACGAAAUGAAGGUUUUCUUUGUCAAGUACAAUGACCCGAUCUAUGUGAAGCUGGAAAAACUGGACAUUAUGAUCCGUUUAGCUUCUCAGGCCAACAUUGCACAGGUUUUGGCCGAACUCAAAGAAUAUGCAACGGAAGUCGAUGUCGACUUUGUACGCAAAGCUGUACGUGCAAUUGGAAGAUGUGCCAUUAAAGUUGAGCAAUCGGCAGAGCGCUGUGUGAGCACACUACUCGACCUCAUCCAAACAAAAGUGAACUACGUGGUCCAGGAAGCGAUAGUGGUAAUUAAGGACAUUUUCCGCAAGUACCCGAACAAGUAUGAAAGUGUCAUUGCCACCCUGUGCGAAAAUCUUGACUCACUGGAUGAGCCAGAAGCCAGAGCCGCCAUGAUCUGGAUAGUAGGCGAAUACGCAGAAAGAAUUGAUAAUGCUGAUGAGCUUCUGGAGAGCUUCUUGGAAGGAUUCCACGACGAAAGCACACAAGUUCAGCUGCAGCUUUUGACCGCUAUCGUCAAGCUUUUCUUAAAGAAACCGACGGAGACGCAAGAGCUGGUGCAGCAAGUCCUGAGCUUAGCCACGCAGGAUUCUGACAACCCCGAUCUGAGAGAUCGGGGCUACAUCUACUGGCGUCUACUUUCCACAGAUCCAGUGGCAGCGAAAGAGGUUGUGUUAGCAGAGAAACCCUUAAUUUCUGAAGAAACGGACCUAAUUGAGCCAACUCUGCUCGACGAACUGAUCUGUCACAUAGGAACUCUGGCCUCCGUCUAUCAUAAACCACCGAGCGCGUUUGUGGAAGGCAGUCGAGGCGUUCAGCACAAGAGACUGCCACCAAGAUCAGGAUCGAAUGAAAGUACUGAGAGUCCAGAUGUUGCCCCUUCAACUGCGACCCAGCCUGGCGACCAGCAACCUGCAGUCAUUCCAUCGCAAGGCGAUCUCCUGGGCGACCUUUUGAAUCUCGAUCUAGGUCCACCAGUCAAUGUUCCUCCGAUGCCAUCCUCGACCGUACAGAUGGGAGCCAUGGACCUGCUUGGUGGUGGAUUGGACAGUUUGAUGGGUGAUGAGACUGAAGGGCUCGGAGGAGAUCUUGGUGGUAGCCCAGCUAUUGGUGCUGGAUAUGGUACUCCGGCAGUCAUGCCAACGUCUUUGAACGCACCAGUUGGAGGCUUGGGUGACCUGUUUGACCUGGCAGGUGGAGUAGGCAUGCCCACUGGUUCUUACGUGGCACCUAAAUCUGUAUGGCUGCCGGCUGCAAAGGCAAAGGGCCUUGAGAUUUCUGGCACGUUUUCGCGCCGCAUGGGUCAUAUCUACAUGGAGCUGUCUCUGAUGAACAAAGCCAUGCAAGUAAUGACGGACUUUGCAAUCCAGUUCAACAGAAAUAGCUUUGGUCUGGCACCCGCUGCUCCCCUCCAAGUCAAUGCGCCCCUCACCCCCAACCAGACGAUUGAGGUCUCUCUCCCCCUCAACACGGUCGGCCCAGUUAUGAAGAUGGACCCUCUCAGCAACCUGCAGGUUGCAAUAAAGAACAACAUUGACGUCUUCUACUUCAGUUGUCUGUACCCAAUUAAUAUGCUGUUCGUGGAGGACGGGAAGAUGGAUCGGCAGAUAUUCCUGGCCACCUGGAAAGACAUUCCAAAUGAAAAUGAAGUACAAUUCCAGAUUAAGGAAUGCCACCUUAAUGCAGAUGCCGUCACCAAUAAGCUUCAGAGCAACAAUAUUUACACAGUUGCAAAGCGGAAUGUUGAAGGGCAGGACAUGUUAUAUCAGUCUCUGAAACUGACCAACGGAAUCUGGGUGCUGGCGGAACUUAGGAUCCAGCCCGGCAACAUCAACUACACGGAUUUGGAGUUAUCACUGAAAUGCCGGGCGCCCGAGGUAGCCCAGCAUGUUUUCGGGGCGUACGAAACGAUUUUGAAGAAUUGAGAUUUUGUGUGGCGGCCGUUCUGAAGCUGAGAGGCUGCUGUGCGGAAGAUUUUCUCCCUCCUCCACCCCCCUCUCCCCUCCCCCGCC